CGCGGAAGCGCCGCACAGGAAGCGGAGGGGGGGUACUUCCGGCGGCGGCCGGGCUGUGCGCGGAGGCAGUGCUGCCGCUCGGCGCGCUGGGCCGGGUCGAUCCCCGCUAUGCGACAGACCCCGGGGCCCGCAGCACAGCACUAAAUUUGUAAUGAAAUGGAGUCUGGGUCAAGCUCUUUUCGAGUGGAAUUUCCAGAUUUUUCUAGCACCAUUUUGCAGAAGUUAAACCAGCAGCGCCAGCAAGGACAACUAUGUGAUGUGUCCAUUGUAGUUCAGGGCCAUCUCUUCAGAGCCCAUAAAGCUGUUCUUGCAGCCAGUUCACCUUACUUCUGUGAUCAGGUUCUCCUGAAAAACAGCAGAAGAAUAGUCCUGCCUGAUGUGAUGAAUCCCAGGGUAUUUGAAAACAUUCUUCUGUCUACCUAUACUGGUCGUCUGGUAAUGCCUGCUCCUGAAAUUGUUAGUUACUUGACAGCAGCGAGUUUCCUUCAGAUGUGGCAUGUGGUGGAUAAAUGCACUGAAGUGCUAGAGGGGAACCCAACAGUUCUGUGUCAGAAGAUGAAUCAUGGCAGUGAUCAUCAGUCCCCGAGCAGUAGUAGUUACAACGGCCUGGUUGAAACCUUUGAACUUGGCUCUGGAGGACAGCCGGAAUUCCAUAAAGGGCAGGAGCUAAGAGAUGGCGAAAACGAAGAAGAGAGCUCUAAAGAUGAACUGUCGUGUCAGCUGACGGAACACGAGUACCUUCCCAGUAAUUCUUCAACAGAACAUGAUAGACUUAGCACUGGAAUGACAAGUCAGGAUGGUGAAGAAGGAACUAGUGAUAGUGCAGAUUAUCAGUACACCAGGCCUAUGUAUAGCAAACCCAGCAUCAUGUCUCAUAAGCGAUGGAUCCAUGUGAAACCAGAAAGAUUUGAACAAGACUGUGAAGGUGUUGAUAAUCCUUACGAUGAACACCAGGUGUCUGAAUCCAUGAAUGCCAUUCAGGCAGAUCAUUCAAUCCAGUCUUCAGGUGUUGAAGACUUUCAUAUAGGUGACAAAAAGAUGGAAACAGAAUUUGAUGAGCAGGCAGAUGAAAGUAAUUAUGAUGAACAAGUUGACUUCUAUGGCUCUUCUAUGGAAGAAUUUUCUGGUGAAAGGGCAGAUGGAAAUAUAAAUGCUCACAGACAGGAUCUUAUGAUGGCAGCAGGUUAUAGUGAAGGCAUUGAAAUGGCUACAGGAAUUAAAGAAGAAACGUCCCUCACUGGAUUCUCGCAUGCUGAUAAGCUGUAUCCCUGUCAGUGUGGAAAAAGCUUUACACACAAAAGUCAAAGAGAUCGGCACAUGAGUAUGCACCUUGGCCUCCGACCUUAUGGCUGUGGUGUCUGUGGUAAGAAGUUCAAAAUGAAACACCAUCUCGUAGGCCAUAUGAAAAUUCAUACAGGCAUAAAACCGUACGAGUGUAACAUCUGUGGGAAAAGGUUUAUGUGGCGGGACAGUUUCCAUCGGCAUGUGACCUCCUGUACCAAGUCAUACCAAGCUUCUAAAGCUGAGCAGAGUACUACUGAGAUGAACUAAGGCAUCAGUGCUUACGUUUGUUUAUUAAAGUAAGCAAAUUAAUUAUGCAAAUCAUGUCUGGUACUUGCUAUUGUAAAUUCUCAAUCUUCUCCCUGCCCUCCACGUUGUAAUGAUUAUGCUGGUAUAAACAGACCAAACUCUUAUUUUACUUUCCACAGUAUUACUCCAGGUGUUCAAAGUGCAAACAGUUAAUCUGAAAGGUGCUUGUAAAGUGAGGUCUGUAAGGUCUCUGUGACGUUUAUUGUAAUUGCAGCAGUAUUUAGAAGCCCUGUUGAUUUUCCCAAGUCUUCUAAAUUCAAAGCUCAGAAUUGACCCAAAUCCUGCAAAUGCUUAGAUGAAGCAAGAAUUAAAGUAGCCCUACUUAAUGAGGAAGAGAACUAGGAUGACAAAACCAGGGUGCAUAUCACAGAACCACAGAAUGGUUUGGGUUGGAAGGGACCUUAAAGCUUAUCCAGCUCCAACCCCUGCCACGGGCAGGGACACCUUCCAGUAGAGCAGGUUGCUCCAAGCCCAUGUCCAACCUGGGCUUGAGCAAUGCCAGGGAUGGGGCAGCCACAGCUUCUCUGGGCACCCUGUGCCAGCGCCUCAGCACCCUCAUGAUGAUAGGAUUCACAUUUUAAUGACAAAAAGUUAGAAUUCCACCUCAAACUGGAGACUGCCAACAUACUUAAUGUGCAUCAUUAGAUAGUUUACAUUGUUAAAUAGCCUUUGCUGUAUUGCUUAAUGAAAGGCUGUGUUAAAUAUGGUUUGGCUUUCCUUUAUCUGUCUUCCAUUUUAUUAUCCAUCUUCAGUAAAACAAAUGUCUAAUUUUGUGCUGAUUUCUAUUUGGUGUCUGUAAUGCAUUUAAAUAUAGUUGAGCACUAUAUAAACAUCAGUCUGCAUUAAGCAUAAUUUGUAUCUACUCCUCUAGGGCCUAAUGCCAUAUGACUCUUGGCUUGACUUGAUUUUGAUUGCUACACCGUGAGAGCUUCUAGAAGGGUGUGUAAUAAAUGUUCUGUCAGGAAAAAAAAAAGUAAUUUUUGGAACUUAUCCAAAAUAAUCAAACAUUCAAACUGUAGUUUUCUGGUCAGAUUUUUGUGGUUUACUACAGUAGCAAGUACCAAACUCUGUGGAUUCCCAAAUUGACUUUUUAUUGGUACAAAAACUUCUUUGAGAACUUCUAUCUAGUUUUAGAAACCUGCUUUAGGAAAAUUAUUUAGUCAUUGAUAGGUAUUUAUACUUUUAAUUCUUUUACUCUUUGAACAGGAAGAACUAUAACACAGCUUCUUGGUACUGAACUACUGUGACUGUACAUGUGAUCACAAGCAGCCCGGGUUGAUUACCUCUGAAGGUGAAGUUGCUUGUGGGAAAAAAAAAAGUAGGAAUUACGGUGUUUGGAUCUAUUAAUGGUACUGAGAACAUGGUACCGUGCUCAUGUCUGAAGUCUGGGGGUUUGCUGGGGAAGUGGUGCUCCUGCUUUGUUAGGAUGAGGAUCUAUGUGCUGGGCUCUCAUUCCUGGCGAUAGAUGGAGGAGCAUUUGUAGUUCCGAGAGAUGCUGCCAGCUCUGCAGGUAGAGUGAAUGCAUCAAUUUUAAAGGUGGCAACAGGAUUUUGGGGUUGAAAGCUUAAUGCAGUCCUGUGCAAAAGCAAUUAACCCUUUUUGUAGUUUACUGAAACAUAAAAAGGAAAGAGCCUUCAGAGCAUACACAGACUAUGACACAAAGAGUUGAUGUCCAGGUACAGUGCUGGUAACAUGAGGAGGGGGAAGUUACCCAGCACCAAAGGCCUAAGCCUGUCUGGCCCAAAUUUAUAUGUUAGAUACUGUGAUAUGCAGGAUAACAUACUUAACAGAUACAUACAUAACAGAUGACCCUGUAUGGUGAAGCAAAACCACACAAAGAUAGUUACUAUUUAGAUGCUUUUUUAAACUCCCAGUUACAAAUUGUCUUAAGAUGCAACCAGACUGUAUGUUGAAUGUGAACGUCUGGUACAAGCUGGGGUUUUACUACUCAGUGGGCUGUAAUGACUGUAGCUUCUUUUCUGACAUUCUACUUACAAACUUUAAUUUUCUUGAGAGGCUCUUAAUCUUCUAAUGCUUCAGAUAUUUUUCAUAUGGAAUUUUGUUAAAACGGAUAUUCCCAAAUAGGAUGAACCCGUUGCUGGCAAUGGGCAUAAAUGGUCAGCACCACAGAGUUCCUGUUCUUAGCACUUAAUUGAACUCUACAGUAUACCAUGGUGGCCAUAUAUAACCCUUGUAAUCAAGGUAACUAAACAGGGAUUUGCUCACUAACACUGUAACCUGCUUAAUGUAUAGAAGCACUUUGUAUUUAAAAGGAAAAGAAAAAAAAAAGAGGAAAAAACAUAAAACUUUAUAAGUAUGUUUUUUAAACUUAGAAAUAUAUUCCCUUUAUGGUUUGUUUCCACACUGCUAAUACUGUCUUUUUUAAUAUUGAAAAAAAAAAAUUAUAAUGCUUGCCUGUUUACAUGAGUGUAGAAGAAAGAGGGUUCUUGCACUCAGUGGCCCUAUUUUUCCAUUCUGCAAGGCCUUACUACAUACAGGGUGUCAUUUCUGCAGGUACCAUCAUCACACUCGAGGGAAGGUAUUCUCAUACUCAUUUCAGGAGUAAUCUUGUGUAUUACAUUAGUUCUCAACCCCUUUCAAAUUGUCACUUCAGUGUUGCAUACAAAGGUUAAGGGUGCCUCUUCCCAUUUAACCAUCAAAAAGGCUGGUCAGAGGCACCAGGCUGAAAAACACGGUCAAGCAAAACACCUCUUUCUGUUAAACCCAGACUAUCCUACAGAGCUGCCAGCAAAACUGUUUCUUUUACCAGCUUGGAAUGACUUUUAUAUGGGACAUUUCAAAGUUAAGCGUUGCUCCUAUUUGCAGUUAGACUACUUUGAAAUAAAGCUUUAAAAUAAAAUGUA